AUGACAUCCUUUGAGUUACACGCAGGUUCUUCUCGGGCAGAACAGUUCGAGGAGAACCCGGGCUCUAAGACCGAUAUUGACCUCGUGGAGAGUGCUGGUGCUGGUCAAGCCGCCACCUACGAAGAGUCAGUGGCAGCGCGUCUUCCAAAAGCCCAUCGCGAUUAUUUGCUCGCACGCCAUGGCACAUUGGAACUUGAUCCAAUCCCUGGCAUGGGUUCAGCCGACCCGUACAAUUGGCCUGAAUGGAAGAAAUUGGCAAACCUCAUCCUUGUAGCUUUCCACGCUUGCAUGGGUACAUUUACAGCUGCUGCCAUUAUUCCCGCCUAUUCCGUGAUCGCCGAAGAACUCGAAAUUUCUCUCACCACUGCGAGUUAUUUGACUUCUCUGCAGAUUGCGAUCUUGGGAGGUGCUCCGUUCUUCUGGAAGCCUCUUUCCAACCGCUAUGGACGCCGACCGAUUUUCCUUUUGUCCCUUAUUUGCAGUUUAGUGUGUAACAUUGGUUGUGCCAAAAGCACCACCUAUGCAUCGCUCGCCGCCUGCCGGGCCCUGGUGGCCUUUUUCAUCUCGCCGGCCUCGGCAAUUGGCAGUGCAGUGGUCAUGGAGACAACCUUCAAGAAGGAUCGAGCUCGUUAUAUGGGUAUUUGGACGCUCAUGAUCACCCUUGGUGUACCGGUCGGACCACUCAUCUUCGGAUUUGUCACCUACCGGGCCGGUUAUGGGUGGAUUUACUGGAUCCUAGCUAUGAUCAAUGGUGGACAGUUCAUUUUGUAUCUUUUCUUUGGACCUGAAACUCGUUACCUAGGUGGCGGUAUCGAUCAAAGUGAGUCGAACUGGAAGCGAGAGUACUUCUCACUCCGCCGAAUUGAUCCGACGCCAAUGACAUGGUACGAAUUUGUUCGUCCAUUGACCAUGGCCCGCCACCCGUCCAUUCUCAUUCCCACCUGUGCGUAUGCAAUGAUUUUCUUGUUCGGUAGUAUUUUGGCAACCGUCGAGGUGCCACAGCUGUUGCAGAGCAAGUUCGACCUGAACACCGAGCAGCUUGGCCUCCAGUUCCUAGGUGUCAUUAUCGGAUCCUUGAUCGGUGAGCAGCUUGGUGGUAUCAUGUCUGAUCAGUGGAUGACCCGUGGUGCCCGUCGCCUCGAUCGCAAGCCCCAGCCGGAAUACCGGUUAUGGCUAAGCUACUUUGGCUUCGGUCUGACCAUAAUUGGUGUCAUUGUCUUCUUGGUCUGUACCGAGACUUCCGCCAGCGGUCACUGGAAUGUGUCACCCAUCAUUGGCACGGCCAUUGGUGCUGUUGGCAACCAGCUAGUCACCACCGUAAUGAUCACUUAUGCCAUCGACUGUUUCCCUCAAGAGGCCGCCAGCAUUGGUGUGUUCAUCACCUUUGUGCGCCAAACAUGGGGUUUCAUCGGACCAUUCUGGUUCCCAUCCAUGUUCGAGAAUGUUGGAGUAGCACCCGCCGCUGGAAUUGCUUGCGCAAUGAUCGUUGUCGUUAGUGUAAUUCCGACCAUUUUCUUGCACAUUCGUGGAAGGAAGAUGCGUCACGAAGAGUAG